UUUUUUUGGUCUCUCUUUUCAGCUUAUGGAAAAAACUGACAGAGACUACUACACUCUGGAUGACAUGUUUGUUUCCAAAGCAGCCAAAAGAGCACGCAGUGGGGAAGAAGAAGAAAUACAAAGAAGAAAAGCAAUACGUGAGCACCAACAGCUUGCUGCACGCAUGGAAAAGUGUCCUUACUGUUUUGACAGCAGUGAACUUUCUAAACAUCUUAUUAUUGCAAUUGGUACCAAGGUAUACUUGUCUCUGCCAAGCAACCAGUCCUUAAUUGAAGGUCACUGCCUGAUAGCUCCUUUACAGCACCAUACUGCAGCAACUCUUUUGGAUGAAGAAAUCUGGGAAGAAAUCCAGAUGUUUAGAACGGCACUGGUGAAAAUGUUUGAAGCUAAAGGCUUGGACUGUGUCUUUAUAGAAACAAAUAUGAGUAUGAAGAAACGAUAUCAUAUGGUAUACGAAUGCAUUCCUCUUCCAAAAGAAGUAGGAGAUAUGGCUCCAAUCUACUUUAAGAAAGCUAUAAUGGAGUCUGAUGAAGAGUGGUCCAUGAACAAGAAGAUAAUUGAUCUUUCUUCAAAAGAUGUUCGGAAAUCUGUUCCUAAAGGAUUACCAUACUUUUCAGUGGACUUUGGCCUUCAAGGAGGGUUUGCUCAUAUCAUUGAAGAUCAACACAAGUUCCCUCACUACUUCGGAAAGGAAAUCAUUGGUGGCAUGCUGGACUUGGAACCGCGGCUAUGGAGAAAAGGAGUCAGGCAGAACUUUGAGGAACAGAGGAAGAAAGUGUUGCAAUUUGCACAGUGGUGGAAGCCAUAUGACUUCACCAAAAAGAAAGAAUAAGUAUGUCUUUGCAGCUAAGGACUCUAUAAGCCAUAAAUUAUAUUAAAGGAUAUUUCAUUUAUGAAAUGUAAUACCAGUAUAUUAAAACCAGUAUAUUAUGUAUUACUAUUAUGUUUUAAACCCAGGAGUGUUAUUUAAUUGAUUUUCUCUUUCUGGUUUAGGUAGUGGAUGGAUCACAUGAACCUGUAAGCCUGACAAAACCAGAAGUUUACAGUGAUUUUGGUUUUUAAUUUUUUAGCUGAGCCAAAACCAAAAUAUCCUUGUGACUAUUGGAAUUCUUAAAAAUAUAGCAUUUUCUUUUGAGUUUUAUAAUAUUUGAAACAAUUUUUUAUCUUGUAGCAUAGAACCAGUGCUUAACUACUGCAGUAUCUUUUUGUAGAAAAUGGUGUAAAUUUUAUGAACAUGUUGAUUAAAUCAAAUUGUUGCACUGCC